AUCUGUCCAUAUAUCACGUGACUGUAAUGAAUCGUGUGUUAACGAAGACGGUCGAUACACCUUGACCUCACCAGUCUUGAUUGGUGAAAUUUUUGGAAUACUCAUGGAAGCUCCUUGUUCCACUUGUUUUUCCAGCCCCACCCAGUUCUUACAUGUGCCUUAACCUUAGCAGGUGAUGCAUGUGAAGUGGUGUUUCAGCUAGUCUCUCUCUCUCUCUCUCUCUCUCUCUCUCUCUCUCUCUCUCUCUCUCUCUCUCUCUCUCUCUCUCUCUGUGUCUGUGUCUGUGUCUGUAGUCUAUGCCUGUGACUAGACUAUUCUUACCCACAUUCAGGAGGUCUUACUCUGAAAGCACUGACUUCACCAUGGCCUCUGCCUGGGCUGAAGAGGAAACCUUUGUCUGCUCAGUCUGCCUGGAGACCAUGAAGGACCCUGCCACCCUACCAUGUGGCCACUCGUACUGCCUGCGUUGCAUUCAAGGUCACUGGGACCGGGAGAAGAACAAAAGCUGCUGCAGCUGCCCUCAGUGCAGACAGGUCUUCAACCCGCGACCCUCGCUGUCCCGCAGCACCUUGCUGGUGGAGGCUAUGGAGAAGCUCAGAGUCAGCUUCAAGCAGAGGAACCCCCUUCCUCCACCACUGCCGUCAAUCCACAACUACCUGGAGACUGUCCGACCAGGUACAGGAGCUCCAGGGGUGGCCCCGGGGAGACAGGGGGGGCUUUAUCCUCAGCUUCCCUUUCCGUUGGCUCCCACAAUCUGUCCUCGGCACCAACGGCCUCUGGACCUGUACUGUCGAGAGGACGAGGAGUACGUCUGUGAGGAGUGUGCUCAGUGUGGACAUGUGGGUCAUUGUGUACUCGCACCGGAGGCAGAGAGGAGAGCGAAGCAGAAGGAGCUAGUUCAGAUGCAGGCUGCUGUUCAAAUUGGAUUACAGGAUACUAAGGAAGACUUGAAGGAGAUGUCACUGGCUGCACUGCAACACAAAGCCUCUGUCCAGGCUCUGCAGAAAGAGAGCGCACAUCUAAUUUUGGAGCUGAGAAAGGGCUUGGAGCUGAUGGGGACCCAGGUGGAUGAGCUCCUGGUUUCCCACGAGGCCUCCCUGGGCAGCCGGGCUGAGGGCCACAUCCACAGGCUGGAGCAGCAAGCGGCACAGCUUUACUGGAGAAGUCAGGAGAUCGACAAACUGGUGGACAUGCAGGACAACGUUGGCUUUUUAAAGAACUUUCAUCAAAUUGAGCCCUUGGUGGAAGCCGAGAGGAAAGAGUGUGGCCUGGCCCAGCAACAUGAGGCCCUAGAUGGAAUCCACGCUGCCUUGUCAGAACUUCAGAACUCUGUACAGGACCUUUCCAAGGAAAGCCUGGCUAAGAUCUUUAGACUGGUGAAUGAUACCACUCCUGCACAAUUGGCUGAUGGGGAAAUGGACACGGAAGGCGAAGCCACUGAUGACAUGAGCGAAGCUGCCCAAGUAAACACGGCAUCAGCUCCGGCCAUUACACCCCUGCCCCAUCUGCCUCAAGAAUCUCUUAUGGCGACAGCAGAAAACACAGACCUAAAGCCCAAGACCAGAGAAGAUAUGCUGAAAUUCCGCUGCGAGCCGACCAUGGACCCCAACACGGCCUUUCGCCACAUCCUGCUGUCGGAGGGCGGGCGCAAGGCCACACUGCGCCUGGAGAACCAGAACCCCGCGGUCAACCCCGAGCGCUUCCAGUUCUGGAGACAGGUGUUCUGCAGGGAGCCGCUGUCUGGGAGCCCCUUCUACUGGGAGGUGGAAUGGACCGGUCUGAAGAUAACUAUCGGUGUGGCCUACAAGGAGAUGGAGCGCAAGACCUCUGACGACCAGAGCCGGCUGGGCCACAACGCCUCCUCAUGGAGCCUGUACUGGUCCGGGACGGACUUCUCCUUCUGGUGCGGUGGCCGGGAGACCCGGCUGGGUUCCCGAAAGGCCCGACGGGUCGGUGUCUACCUGGAUCAGAGCUCUGGUGUCCUGGCCUUCUACCGCAUCGCCAACAGCCACGCCCACCUCAUUCACUUGCACCAGACCCAGUUCAACGGACCGCUUUACCCAGGGUUCAGGUUCGGUUCGGGGUCCGGGGCCUCGGUGCAGCUGUGCCAACUGGAAUGAGACUGAGAAGAUGGGGCCCUCCUAUAGAGGAUCCAAACCCUCUCUGGCCAAAACUGGUUUUGUGUAAUUACUGCAAAUGUUCUUUGUUCUUCUAUUCAACAUUUGAGUCAUCAAGACAAAUUAUGAUUCAAAUACCACUGUUACUUAAAUAUCUACAUAUCUAUAAAUAAAGGAAU